AUGGUGGAUGCAUCUACUGUGAUAGGAGGAGGUAUAUACGACGAUGUGGACGAGUAUUUGUCGAGACAAGAUGGCAAGAUUGUACGAACGGGUACAGGGAUGAUGUGUAGACAUCGGCCACAACAAAGAUGUUCACAUUGUCUUCCUGUUGAUGUAAGUUUUACUAUUUUAAACGUUUACUUGGUUCAAUAUCAUCUAUACCUAAAUAAAGGUUUACUUUAACGUAGUGUAUGUUGUCCUGAUAAUCUUGAAUUUUUGCAGCCAUACGACGAAGAUUACCUCAAAGAGAAGGAAAUCAAACACAUGUCUUUCCAUGCCUAUGUCAGGAAGUUAACCGAUGUUCACGGUAAAGGAACGCAUCUGAAGCAGCCUUUGGAGACCAUUAACUGCAAGCUGGACUUGUCGUGUACUAAUCACAGACCAUACCCUCACGGAGUGUGUACUAAAUGUAGACCUUCGACUGUUUCACUGAAUCGUCAGGUAAGGUUUAUCAUCUCUGAUUAUUAUUUAGGUAAAUUUUGGCAAUAGUAACAAGUACAAACUUUUAAAAAGUAGGAAUUAUUAAUCGGUACUUUUACUUAACCUUUAUUGUUGUUUUUUUUUUGAGUUUUAUUUGCAAAGAAAAUAUCAGGAAUGUGUUACCUAAACAGGAUAUAAUAUUGAAAAUACAACAAAAAGACCUUUAUUUAGAAUUACCGCCACGUGGAUAACAUUACAAUUGAAAACGAAGACGUUGUGAACAAAUUCUUGGAUUUUUGGCGUGCGUCGAGUCACCAGAGAGUAGGAUACCUAAUUGGAAGGUACGAACCUUUUGCUGAUGUACCUUUGGGUAUCAAGGCUGUUGUGACAGCUAUCUACGAACCUCCACAGUCUUCUGGAGACGCUUCCGUCAAGUUCGAAGAUGUGGAUCCUAAUGACGAGGUUGUGGAUAAACUAUGCUCGAUGUUGGGGAUGUCGCGUGUAGGGUGGAUCUUUACCGAUUUGUGGGCAUCCGAUCCCCAAGCUGGUACUGUUCACUGUACCAGACACAAGGAGUCUUUUCUACUUACUGCGAAGGAAUGCAUAACUUCUGGAGCGUUUCAAACUAAGUACAAGAACAAAACUCCCUACUGUAGUGAUGGGACGUUCGGGUCAAAGUUCGUGACGUUGGUGGCUUCUGGAGACGAAAGCAAACACAUCAACUUUAGUGGGUAUCAAGUUUCGAACCAAUGUUCAGCUCUAGUCGAUGCUGAGAUCUUGUGUCCCACAUCACAUCCUGAGCUAGCGUGGGUCAGAGAGAAGCCUCUUCACGAGAAGCAUUAUAUUACUGAUGUUCAGUAUACAGUAAGUUUUUUUGUAUUUUGAUUCAACGAUUUAGUGAAGGACUCAUCAUUUGUUUUGGCUGUUUUUUAUAUUUAAAAUUAAAACUUAAAGAAUUAGUUUAAAUGCUCGUUUUAGGAGAAAAACGAGUUUGGAGCUGAGGUUUUGAAGAAUGGACGUCCAAUGCCGGUAGAGUACUUAUUAGUUGAUGUGCCUGCUGGUAUGCCAAAAGAUCCGUGUACUUCUUUUCAUGUUGUUAACUCAGCCAAGGCUUUCCCAAUUGAAAACAGAGAGCUGAUCGGUAAAGCUCAAGUAAGUUAUGUUGUUAAUGACAUCGCUUUUUUUAAAACGUCGUUUUAUCAAAUUUGCCUUUGAGGCAUUAAAUUUAAGGAAAAUUAUAAUAAUAUUGUUUUAGGAUCCUCAUACAGUGUCCACCUAUGUUUUGGACUUCUCUAGCAAUCAAUUUUUGGAGCUAAUUUCGAAUUUCCACUUCCUACUGUAUCUUCUGACAAACAACUUGUUGAAGUUUACCGAGGAAGAGGUGAAGGAGCUCUGCAAGUUUGUUAUUGAACAUAAUCGGGAAGGAGCAGCAGAAUGGGCGGAGAAGAACCAAAACUGGGCUACCUUCUUGGAAUUAAUGAAAUCUCAAGGUAAUUAUGAGAACAUCGUUAUUAAUCGUGUUAUUUUAAAAACCCGCUUAUAAUUAUUCCGCGAUGUAAAUUUAUAAAAAGUAUUAUUUGUGGACUACCAUUAUAAAAUCCAUGAUUUCAGAAGGUCAAUCAGCCAACUUUGCCGCCGCCAGCCAAGCCUGGGCCUGCAAGCACUGUACCUUCGAGAACACGGAAGCCAAGGAUGAGUGCGCAGUCUGCGGUCUUCCGAAUGCCUGA